AUGCCACUCUCAGAUGCCGAAUACGACCAUUUCUUCAAAACACUGAACAGUCCACGCCGAGUCAGUGCAGUUUGCUUCUUGAGAUCCAUGUAUGGCUGCCAGAAUGCCUUGGUCCAGACUUUAGACUUGUAUGAAAAUCAUGGAAUUGUCCCAGAAGGGAGGGUUUGUUCCGACUUGGCAGAAAUGCCCAGCUUUCCUGAUUUCUGCACCCUCACUUUUUAUCGCUGCACCUUGAAGAAGUAUUUUGUGAAGCGGAUUCAGUGUCCAGAUGAGAUCAGUGAAACAUCGCAAAACACCAAUCAAGAACUUGAAAAUAUUGAGUCAUCAUCUACUCUACAAGAGAUGCCACUUACCAACCACUUCCCUACCACUGUCCCUACCAUGACAUCUCCUCCACCUCUCAUCUCUGGAUCAAACACUCCCACAACAGCAACAGAAAUCAUCCUAACCAAUCCCGAGGCUACCACUGGAACUGUUCCUAAACUUCCCAGUAUUAUUUCUGAUAUUACUUCCACAAGGCCUUUGCUUGAACUGCCCACCUCUUCCACUCCUGUCACAACCGAUUCAGAAUCCUUGCUUGAGCUUCUCACCAGCCUUGAUGCCGUGAUAGCCGAGCAAAGCUUUCCUGAAUUGUUUACCACCACACUUAACACAGCAGAGGGGUCUUUGUCCCAGCACCUUAUGCCUGCUGUGCUUCUUCCGACUCCUGUCCCUACGCUUUCUUCCACUUCCAACGCUAUGGCAGCUACCCCAGUUAACUCUGUAUCAGUUGCCACUGAAUCCUCCUCUGAGCCUACCACCUCUGAAGCCACCACGCCAUCAUUGGGUUCUGUUUCCACAAAUCCUGCCACUACUGUUGCCCUAGUCAGUAGCCCAACUUCAGCAUCUACUGGUCCCAUUGUCACUGCCACUGAAACUAUUACACCAUCAGUGGGCUCUGUUCCCACAAAUCCUGCCACUACCGUUGCCCCAGCCAGUAGCCCAACUUCAGCUUCAGCAUCUCCUAGUCCCGUUGUCACUGUCACUGCCACAUCUACACCUUCUUCUUCCCCUUCUGCCUCAUCUUCUACUCCUUCCAAAACAUCUGUGCUAUCAACCAAGCCCACCAUCCCUAAAAGCCCUGCUCAUGUAUUGCCUCCUGUCAGAGUUGCCGGAUGGCCUGUUGUCCCAAUCUCUGCUGUUCUUGGACAGUAUCCCUUGCAGCCUACCUCUGUCAUGCAGCUUCUUCUCCUUCCUCCCGGCUAUGGUCCUAGGAAGUCAAAACCUCAGGCAAUUGCCGUCUCUUCUCUGUUUCCAUUUGGAGUAGGGCCUUCUAACGUUUGGCCAAAGAAAAUAAUGCUCAAGCCCCCAAAGAAUUUACCAACAACUGCAAAACAGGACAAGUUCUCACCAACGAAAUCGUCAACUGCUACAGGAUUGGAGAACCCCUUACCAACGAACCCGCCAACUAGUGCAAAAUGGAAGAAAUUCUUAUCACAGCUACGGGAUAACAGAGUGCAACAGCUGAUGCAGAAAAUGCGAGAGUUGAUGCGUAAAGGGAAAACUGUAAAGAAACAAGUGUUGCAGUCCACCUCUCUGCAACUGCUGUCUGCGCUGAAGAACGUCAAGCAAAAGUCUUUGGCUUCCUUAGCAUUCAAGAAGCAACUUCAAAGAUGA